AAUAGCUACAGUUCGCUCGGUUUCAGUAACGAAAUAAAAUCCCAAUUGAAAACAAUGUUUGAUAGCACGAAAAAUGCACUACCUGCAAUUUUGCUUGCCCUUCUACUUGUUUUCGUACAGUGUAUUCCUGAGGAGGAAAUGGAUGAGAUGGUCGAUAAGUGUUUGGCGGACAACGACAUCGAUGUAGAUGAGUAUGAAGCAUUGAUAAGCCAAAACAGCUCGGAUAUAGAUAUGGACAGCAUUGAUAAGAAAUACAAGUGUUAUUUGCACUGCAUGGCCACGGAAAUGGACAUUCUGGAUGCCAACGGAUAUGUGGACGUAAAGCUGGUAGAGAAAUUUGAGAAGCUCACUCCGAACGAUCGCGAUGUCUUCGAGCAAUGCAAGCAAAUCCACGACGGAAGUGAAGACUUCUGUGAUUAUGCUUUCAAUAUCACAAUGUGCUUAUUGGAGAAUCUCAACCACUAGAUCUAAUGAGUUUUCUGUACACAGCUAAGCAGAUUAUAUCUCGCCGCUGUGCUUGCUGAAAAUAAAGAUUUGUAUAUAAAUAUAUUUAAUAUUCCGC